UAACCAUUAAUUAAAAAUUUUUAGCUAGAAGAAUGUCCUGGGGCAAUCUGCGGAUCAUCCCUUCCAAUUGCUAUCUCUUACACAGAAGAUCAGUAUCAACCUUUUCAAGGCUGCAACUGUAGAAGACAAGGGUAAUUUCGUAAUUGAAGUUCCAUUUAUGUAAUUUGCAUUGCGCUACUUAAGCCCUAAUCGAAAAAGGGGAAAAGAAAAAGCCAACUUCAUCAAUUCUCCUCCGUUCUCAGAAAGAGGACCUUCAUUUUCGAUUAACGACUGAAAUUUCAGAACCAACAAUGACCAAUGCAAAGAAGUAUUACAAGGAGAAAAUUGCUCGUCGCAAGGAAGAGAAAGCAGAAGAACCAGAGCAACCGAAGUAUAGGGACCGUGCGAAGGAACGAAGAGAAGAUCAAAAUCCCGAUUAUGAGCCAACAGAGCUGGGCUCGUUUCACGCUGUCGCUCCUCCGGGCACGGUUGAUAUCCGCUCUGCUGAUGCACAUAAGUUAUCUAUUGAGAAGAGCAAGUAUCUUGGAGGUGAUGUGGAACAUACUCAUUUGGUCAAAGGGUUAGAUUAUGCUUUGCUCAACAAGGUAAGGAGUGAGAUUGACAAGAAACCUGAUGUUGGGGAUGAUGCUGAUGGGAAGUCGAGACCAUCCAAGGAAGACCAACAAUUGUCUUUCCGCACUGCAACCGCAAAGUCAACUUACCAAUGGAUAGUGAAACCUCAAACCAUUGUGAAGUCUAACGAGAUGUUCCUUCCUGGUAGAAUGGCAUUCAUUUUUAACAUG